UGAUUCUAUAACAAUGACGAAGUAACCCCUUUAAUACUGAUCAAGUAACCCUCAUUACACUAGUGAAGUAACUUGUAUAGCGGUUGGCUGCACGGUGUGGCUAGCCACAUACGAAGUAUAAGACUUUGCGUAAAAAGUCAGCCUUUUCCUUUAGUUUUUUUUAAAUUUUUUUUUUUUUUUUUUUUUUUUUUUUUUUUUUUUUUUUUUGAAGAUGGGUAAAUUGCAUAGUUGCACUACUACCCUCCUAUUUGCUUUCUUAGCCCAUGUAUGGACUUUCUCCGUCCAUGACUAUAAUUUUGAAGUGAAAAAUCAAAGAUGUUGCAGAUACAACCCAGACGACGAUGAACACAUACUCCAUAGUAGCAGCAACAUUGCUGCUGCUUCUCUCAUCACUUCAUCCAACUUCAUCCGACAUUGUUGACUCAGAAGAUGAGAUCCAAGAGAUUGACCAUGAGCGAUCUAUCAUUUCUUCUUCUUCCGGUUAUUAUUUUGAUCAUGCUUCUUCUGUUGUUCGUCGAUCGUUAGACCCACGAUCCGUUGAUGAUAUUAAUUGGUGGAGCGAUUAUGCGAGGCCAUUUGAUGGUGGGUUGGCUUAUGAUAUUCAGGGAACCAUGGUUGCAUUUGGUUCAGAUGAUGUGCCUGCAGAUGAGGAGUUGAGAAGGGAGUUGAUUAAAGCAAAUGGCAUUGAAGAUGCUCUUUUAUUAAAACUAGGGUCCAAGUCUUCGCCCCUAAGGGAUGGUUGGGGAGGUUGGUUUGAUGCAAAGAGCGACUUUUUGAGGAAAGAUAAGAUGUUUAAGUCCAGGUUGGAAGUGUUAAAUACAAUGAGCAAUCCACUUCUUCAGGAUCCAGAUGGGUUUGGAGUUACUGGAUUUACAAGAGGAGAUAAGAUUGUGAAAAAAGGGUUGUUUCAGGAGAUAAAGAAAGCUCCCAUACUUAUAAAGAAGUCCUUUGGAUUUUCAGAUGUUAGGUCCGAUGAGGCUAUUGACUAUCAGGCCAAGGAACGUAGUAGUAUGAAUCGUGAAAGUUUGGACGGAGGUAUUAAAGGAGAGAGAUUGGGUGUUGAAAAAAAUCUUGAAGCAAGGAAAUAUGAAUUUAGAACUCUGGGUUAUAAUGAAAUUGGGUUAGGUGAUCAUGCUAUGAAAGGAGUAUAUGACCGAUCCUUGAGAAAAAAUGCAGAAGAUUAUGAUUCUUCUUUGGGUAAAGAUGGUGAAGGAGAAGCCCAUAAAGCUGCAACACAUAAUGAGAUUGAGUCUUCAGGCUCCAUGUUUUCUGGUGGCAGAAGAUGGGGAUAUUUUCCCGUACUGCAUCCAAAUCUAUCCUUUUCAAAUUUUAUGGAUUCCUUUUUCAGAAAAUCUAAGUGUUCUAUCAGGGUGUUUAUGGUGUGGAAUUCGCCCCCUUGGAUGUAUACUGUAAGACACCAGAGAGGCCUUGAAAGUGUGCUUUUUCACCAUCCAGAUGCCUGUAUUGUUGUAUUUUCAGAGACAAUUGAACUUGAUUUCUUCAAAGAGUUUCUGAAAGAUGGUAGUUUCAAAAUCGCGGUAACUAUGCCAAACUUGGAAGAACUUCUGAAAGAUACACCUACAAGCAUAUUUACUUCUGUCUGGCAUGAAUGGAGGACUACAAAAUUUUAUUCUACUCAUUACAGUGAACUCAUUCGACUUGCUGCACUGUACAAGUAUGGGGGUGUAUAUCUGGAUUGUGACAUUGUAGUACUCAAGCCAAUAUCUGGGUUUAGGAAUUCAGUUGGAAUGGAAGAGCUGACUCCUGGGAGUCCUCUGAAUGGUGCUGUCAUGGCUUUUAAUAAGCACAGUUUAUUUAUCAGGCAGUGCAUGUUGGAGUUCUUUUCCUCAUAUGAUGACACCUUGUUGAGAUGGAAUGGUGCUGAUUUAUUAACUAGAGUGGCUGGAAAUUUUUCUCUCAAAGCAGAUAAUUUGAAGAAAAAGCAGAUGCUGCAAGUGCAGUUAGCAUCGAACUUCUUUCCUAUUAGUUCACAUGAUAUUCAGAGAUACUUCAUUGCUCCAGUGACGGAUGAUGAAAAGGCUCAUCAGCAUGCUCUGCUUAGAAAGAUCCUCACUGAGUCAAAUACUUUCCAUUUCUGGAACAGCUUAACUUCUGGUCUAGUUCCGGAACCAUAUAGUAUGGUAGCAAAGAUAAUGAACAAGUUUUGUAUACACUGCUUGGAUAUGCUAUGAAAAUUCAUUGCUCCAAGUUUUGAGCUUAAUACAAUUUUGAGUUUAAACCUCAAAUCUCAUGUGCCCACAUAGAAACAUAAUUCUCAAAAGAGAUAAAUUUGCACACAUGUUGAUACAUUAAUUGGACCUUAUUACAAAAGUAAAUAUGAAUGAAAAUUGUACCAAAAAAAGGUUAUAUAAUGAAACUUCAUAUCAAUACCCACUAACAACAUAUUUUACCAUGGGUUGUUAUAUUUAAAAGAAAUCAAAUAAAAUAAAAUAACUGUAGUCAUAUUAAUAUAUAAAUAGUUAAUAAAAAGUCAUGGAAUGAGCAUUUACUUGUAGCAUUUUGAAUUUUUGGCUACCCUUGCACUAGCUCGUAAAUUCUUAUUCCUUUAGGGUUUUUUUUUGUUUUUAUUUAAAUUUUUUUUUAAUACACUUAUUAUUUAUGGGUGUUAUUUCCAAAUGCAUCUCUCCUAUAAUUGGUAACUUUUCAUUUGUUUUGUGUUUAUUUUUUUAUUGCAACACUUUGACUAGCAGCUUUCAAAAAUAUUAAAAAAAAUAAUAAAAACAUUUUGACUAGCACAAAAUUAAUGUUAAUGAAUUGCCUAACUGGUUGGGGAAUUAGCAACUGAUGUAAAAAUUAGUGCAUGAAUAAUUUAUGUUAAAAAUAAUGGAUGUGAGAGGAAUAUUAUUAAAUGUGUGAGUUAGGUAAAGCAGGGAUUAUGUGAGUUGAGUUAUAUAAGAAAUUGUGAGGUAUUCUAUUAAGGAAGUGUUGAAAAAAAAAAGAAAAGAAAAAAGAAAAGGGGAAUGCAAAUGCUGGCACAAUAUUUUAAUCCGUCUUAUCCCUAAGGAGGAGAAUACAAAUGCUAGUAAUUCAAGCCAAUUGGCAGCACUAUGUAACACUUUGUAUAAAGUCAUUUCAAAAUGUAUGGUUUAUCGAGUGAAAUUUAUAUGGAAUGAAGAAGUGCGACAACCAAUAAAGAGCAAUGUUAUAAAAUGUUGGAAAAAUGCAGGAGUGAUGAGAAUUCUAAUAAGUAUACAAAAACUCAAGAAAAAAAAAGAAGGAUGUAAAAGGUGUGAGAGCAAAGGUGAAUAGAAACCUGUAUGCAAGCUUUGAUAUGAAGGAAGUUAAGGGAAAAAAUUAAUUUAUUAACUUGCUUGUAUUAGAUACAAAAAGAUGCAAGAUAUUGGAAAAGUCAAGUGUAAAGGAUAUUGACCAAAAAGUUCUUAUUAGAGACAAGGAGAUACAUGAUGGAUGGAGGUCUUACUUUGAUAAGCUAUUCAAUGGCGAUCAAACCUAAGAUAUUGGUGAUACAAGUGUCUCUCAUGAUAUGGUUAACCAGGAGUUUAUGCAAAUGAUUCAAAAGGGAG